UCUUUAUGCUAUUUUAUGAUUUAUAAGCUCUUUGAGUUUUUUCCAAGGCAAACCUACAGUGAACUCAGACUUUCGAUCGAUAAACUAAUCUCAUUCAGAAGCAGGUCCUAUUGGGGCAUACUGCUCCAGAAUGCCUACAGAUUGGUAACUGGAAGGGUUGGGGAUCAAACCCUCAACCUCUCCGCUUGGUGUCAGAGCACCGACCUAACCCACGCUUCUCUCUCUUUUCUGCCCCGUUUCGUCCCGGAAGAAAUCCUCAAGGGAGGCGUGCACUUCGCCAACAACCAGCUGUGCAACAUGGAGACGAUCCAGUGGAAGGACAUCGUGAACUACGACAACAAGCCCAGCAUGGUGCUGCCCGCGGCCAGCAAGAACAAGAACUGUCAAAAGUGUCACUCCAGCUGCUAUAACGGCUCCUGUUGGGCCCCUGGUCCUGACCACUGUCAGAUCCUGACCAAGUUGAGCUGCGCGCAGCAGUGCACCCGGAGGUGCAACGGGACCUCCCCCAGCGACUGCUGCAACGACCACUGCGCUGUGGGCUGCACCGGGCCCAAGGCCACCGACUGUCUGGCUUGCUUGCACUUCCAGGACGACGGGACCUGCAAGGACUCGUGUCCGGGCCUCCUGACCUACGAGCCCAACCUCCAAGAACUGGUGCCCAACCCCAACGGGAAGUACAACUUUGGGGCCACCUGUGUCAAGAAUUGCCCCCAUAACUUUGUGGUGACUGACCACGGAUCGUGCGUGCGCACCUGCACCGGCAACACCUACGAGGUGGACGAGGGAGGGGUCCGGAAGUGCACCAAGUGUGACGGACCUUGUCCGAAAGUGUGCAAUGGACUCGGGGUGGGAAAUCUUGAACGCAUCAUCUCCAUCAACGCCUCCAACAUCGACUCUUUCAGAAACUGCACCAAGAUCAAUGGCAACAUCCAGUUCAUCCACACGUCUAUUCAUGGCGAUGAAUUCACCAAAACACCCAAAAUGGACCCUGCUCAGCUCAAUGUGUUCAAAACAGUGAGAGAAAUCACCGGGUUUUUAUGGAUCCAAACGUGGCCAGAGAACAUGACAUCACUCAGCCCCUUUGAGAACCUGGAGAUCAUCAGGGGGCGGACCCUGCGGAUGAGCCGUAGCCUGGUGAUCGCCAAGGUGGGCAUCUCUCACCUGGGCCUCCGCUCCCUGAAAGAGAUCAGCGACGGAGACGUGGAAAUCUCCAAAAACCCGAACCUGUGCUACACCCUCAUGGGCCACUGGAAGAGGCUCUUCAAGUCAAACAAGCAGACCGCCAAAGUGGAAGAAAACCUAGCCACAGCCAACUGUGCUCAGCAGAACAACAUUUGCGACGUAAAGUGCACGGAGGAGGGCUGCUGGGGCCCGGGGGCCAACAUGUGCUUCGCCUGUCGGAACUACAGCCGCCACGGGAGCUGUGUGGACGCCUGCAACAUCCUGGAGGGAGACCCACGGGAAGCUGUUGUCAAUCAAACGUGCUUGAAGUGCCACUCUGAAUGUCAAGCUCUCAACGGAACUGCGUCCUGCAGUGCUCCAGGUCCUGGGAACUGCACCAAGUGUGCCCGCCUCCAGGACGGCCUGUUCUGCGUGUCCCGUUGUCCCCAGGACUUGCCGGGGAAGGACGAGAGCCGCAUCUGGAAGUACGCAGACCACAGGAAGAUCUGCCAGCUGUGCCACGAAAACUGUACCCAGGGAUGCUAUGCCCCUGGACGGAAUGGCUGUCUACCCAAACGCCAAUCAGGGCUGUCCAUAAUCGCAGCCGGCGUGGUCGGAGGCCUCCUGGCCGUGGUGGUCGCGUCGUUGUCCGUCUUUGUGUUGCUACGGCGACGCCACAUCAAGAGAAAGCGGACCACGCGGAGAAUCCUCCAGGAGAGAGAGCUGGUGGAGCCACUGACGCCCAGCGGGGAGGCACCCAACCAGGCCCUGCUGAGGAUCCUCAAGGAGACCGAGUUCAAGAAGAUCAGGGUGCUGGGCUCCGGGGCCUUCGGCACCGUCUACAAGGGCCUUUGGGUUCCAGAAGGGGAGGACGUGAAGAUCCCUGUUGCCAUCAAGGUCUUAAGAGAGGCCACAUCACCCAAGGCAAACAAGGAGAUCAUGGAUGAGGCGUACGUGAUGGCCAGCGUGGACCACCCCCAUGUGUGUCGUCUGCUGGGGAUAUGCCUGACCUCCACAGCGCAGCUGGUCACUCAGCUCAUGCACUACGGCUGCCUGCUGGAUUACGUGAAGGAGAACAAGGACCACAUCGGCUCACAGUACCUGCUCAACUGGUGUGUUCAGAUCGCCAAGGGGAUGAACUACCUAGAGGAGCGCCACCUGGUGCAUCGAGACCUGGCCGCGCGCAACGUCCUGGUGAAGACGCCGCAGCACGUCAAGAUCACCGACUUCGGCCUGGCGAAGCUCCUCAACGCCGACGAGAAGGAGUACCACGCGGACGGCGGGAAGGUCCCUAUAAAGUGGAUGGCGCUGGAAUCCAUUCUGAACAGGACCUACACGCAUCAGAGUGAUGUAUGGAGCUACGGUGUGACCGUUUGGGAGCUCAUGACGUUCGGGACAAAGCCCUACGACGGCAUUCCCGCCAGUGACAUCGCUGGGGUCCUGGAGAAAGGAGAGCGGCUACCCCAACCCCCCAUUUGCACCAUAGACGUCUACAUGAUCAUGGUCAAAUGCUGGAUGAUUGAUGCAGACAGCCGACCGCGUUUCCGGGAACUCAUGUCAGAGUUCUCCAAGAUGGCACGGGAUCCCUCGCGUUACCUUGUCAUUCAGGGCGACGACAGAAUGCACUUGCCAAGCCCCACGGAAGGCCGCUUAUACCGCAGCCUGAUCAGCGGCGAGGAGAUGGACGACGCGGUGGACGCGGACGAGUACCUGCUGCCCCAGCAGGGCUUCUUCACCAGCCCCAGCACCUCACGCACCCCCCUGCUGCACUCCCUGAGCCUCAACAGCAGCAUCGGGACGUGUCACAGUAGAAACGGCUUCAUGAAUGGCUUCCCCGGCAGAGAGGGCAGCCUGGUCCUACGUUAUAUCCCUGACCCCACAGACAAGUUCCUGGACCAGGACUUCCAGCCCGCUCCAGACUACAUGAACCAGAACGGCGUGUCGGACGUGAUGAACCCCAACUACCAGCAGCCCGGGCCCCCCCGCAGCCUCCUGCCCCCCAUCUCCUCCUCCGACGACACCGAGACCGAGUACCUCAACUGCUUCAAGGAGGGCGCCCAGGGGCCCGAGUACCUCAACGAGGUCCGCCCCCCCCAGGCCCCGGCCCCCCGGGGUCAUCCCCGCAUGCAGGCCCCGGCCGCAGUCCUUUCGCCGAGCCCCAAGGGGGCGCUGUGCCCUGGGCAGAAGCACCGGCAGCAGAACAGCAUGGACAACCCCGACUACCAGCAGGACUUCACGCCCACCUUCAAGACCCACGCCAACGGACACAUCCCAUUGGUCGAGAACACAGAGUACCUGGGCCCGGACUGAGAGGCAGUCGUGGGGGGAGGAAAAGAGACUUAAAAGAGACACCUUCUUCAAAGGCGGAAGGAAAGACAUUGUUUGUUUCCCCCUAUUUUCCUUUACAAAGAGAUGUUUAUGUCUCUCUCUCUAUAUAGAUAUAUGUUUCACCCCGUGGUGGCCAGUGGCACAGCUUCCAAUGUAGCCUGCAUGCCGUCAGAGCUGUACUUCAGUCACGCAAAAGCUUGCCACAUAUGCCCCAAGAGACUGGAAAGGGGAACUAAACAAAAAGCUGCAGGACACGGCAUCCUUAUGCAACCGGAGGGGUGGAGAAGAGGCCAGCUCACCGCACCCCACCACCAAGUGUCGUAGCUCACCUCAGUGCGCGCAGUGGCGGGAAUCCUGACGGCGUGGACUGACCGCUGUGGUCCGAGUGUAUCGGUGGAGAGAAACACACGAUAGGAACUGCUGUGAUGACACGCUGUCACAUGGAAGGGCAAACGACGGCGUUUUUUUGGUCAAGGGAAAGGGAGGAGCGUGGCAGCUAAUCCAAAUAAAACGGCUGAAGGUACAUGUGUUGUCGGGAUUAGAAGCAUCACAACUAAAACAAGUGAAUCAACAAUUUGGAGGUGGUUUAUAUACAAAAGGGAAGGGACAGCUUUUAUUUUUGAACUGUUUGAAACAGUUGAAGCUGGAGUGAGAUGUGAAUAGUUUGAACGUAUCCUGUCUUUGUAUGACGGUGAGGAGUGAAACCCUUAUUUUGAGAGACUCGGACGACGCACUUCUUGAAGUGGGAAGAAUGGUGAAAGAAUAAGAUACAAUUUUAUGAGGCAUUUCCUUUUGAAAGGGAACCCUCCCAAAUACGGGCUUUGAUCAGUGUCUGCCUGGCUUCAAUUGCUGAAAAUAAAUAGAUUUUACCAAUAUGAACACGUUGCAUAGUAUAGAGAGACAAUGUAAAUUAAUGUAUGUAUAGACAAUAUGGUCUAUUAUUAAUCUUAAUCUUCUGUAGGGCCAAGGACAUUCUUCUACCAAUUCCAUUCUUCAGAUAAACAACAACAACUGGUCUUCUAUUCGACAGUGAACCACUCGACAAACCUGAUUAAAGUCACUCAUUAGGGCUGUGUCAAUAGACCAUAACAAAUAGGUCGUUAAACACCGAUACCUUUAUCUAGGGCCCUCCACAGAGAAGAGAGUAAACGUGUUUGGCUUGUCUUGAAAACAGGCUCUUUCUUGCCGACCACGUCCUAUCUCUCUAUCUUCUCCUUUCUACUGUUCCAUUCACCAUGAAGCCCAGCCCACCCAGACACCCGAAACAUGAAAGACGAUGAUCCACUCAUCACAUGGUGAGUGGAUUACCAAGGCUCCUUCAGACAGGAAGUGGGAGUGGCCUGGAGGACUUUCAACUCUCGGGCAGACAUCAAGAAAUCACAGUUUCCAUCUCUAAUGCUAUCAUUAGUGUGGCAUCCAGAAUGUAUGAUCUCUUCAGCUGUUCUGGUGACCAAACCCCGCAUGUGCUACCCAAGGAUGUCCUCAGCCAUAGGAUUAGCCUUUUUGAAUGUGUGUAUUCACUGUGAUGUUCCCUUUCGAACACUGUGGGGAAAUGUGUGUCCGCCGUUGGCAAUCGGAUUCAGAUGUUCCUACGUUGUGUUUUAUUCUAUGUUUUAUGAUGAAAACAAUCCUACCAUGCCUACUGUUUUAGUUGUAUCUGUUCCCUCCACAUCUAUCAUCUGCUCGUGGCUUUAAUGUCUUGUAGAGACGCAACAGCAUACAGUCUAAAAGGCAAAUAUCUUUCCUAGUUUUAAAGGAAUAUACUGUUGUAGCAACUUGUGAGCCUAUCUACCAUUUUUUUCUGAUUUUACAGGUACAUGUAAAUAAAAGAGAGAUUAUGCUGUGUAUAAUAUAACUCAUAGUCACCUAUAAUUUAUCAUAUCAGUACAUGGUUUUUGCCACUUUAUUCAUUGAUAUGCACUUAUUUCAGAAUUGUAAUUAUUUCAUUCUAAUGUGAGCAUAAAUAAAGACAUUUUUUAUGAACCUA